CGUCUCGCAGAACGUUCACAAGCGUUGCCACGGACGGACAAAACAAUCAAAAUAUAUAUUGAAAAAGAAAGUGUUUAGGAAGUGAUUUUUGAUACAAUGGCCGCAUCUGUACUUAUGUUUUCGAGAAGCUCAACUUUCUGUAUCGUUUUACUGCUAAACAUAUUGUGUGUGUGCAUACAAAGUGCGGGUGCCCGACCUCCCUGGCUCUCUCCCGCCAGUGGGGUAUUUACUGAGUCUGCGGAGUGUCACACAGACGAUGAACUACUUGACUUGUGUCAAAGAUGCGCGAAAUUGACGAAGUCCCGGCUGGCGUACCCAGCGUGCUGCUCCACAGAUCUUGAGGCUAGGAAGUGGUGUUCAGACUAUGUUUACUUUGGUCGAGGACAAUAUGAUUUCUAUACUAUUUGAGAGUUGAUUUUUAAUAGAACAUGAGUUUACCCACAAAAUACCUGAUUGGUUGUAAAGGUAAUAGAAGUACAAGUAAAAAAUAUUAGUGUGGUUUUCCACUAUUGCAACACUUGUAUGGAAUAUAAGAAUUAUUAUAAUUGUUUACCGCAGUAGAGUUCUACGGUUAGUAAUACCAAGAUGUUAGUUAUGAAUAGAGAAAUUAAAAUUGUGUACUUUAGAGAAUUCUUAUGAUUUUGAAACAUUUUUACGAGUAACCGUGGAUUUCUGUGUCUAAAAUCUGAUAUGAUUUAGAUAAACUUAUAUAAAACACGGUUAAAACACUCACAUAUAUUCGUCCGGUGGCGGCACCGACUAGUUUUGAGCUCAUCUGGGGCCUUUAAUCAGGGUAAGUGGGCUCACAGUGGUGUUAUAUCGCGGACCGUCGCUCACUUAUGAGUGAGCCCACUCACCCGGUCCCCCGAUGGGCUCGAAACUAGUCGGUGCCGCCACCGGACGAAUAAACGUGAGUGGUUAGCCGUUUUUAUAUAACUUUAUUGUAAUGUCUCAAGAAAGUUUUAAAUGCUUUAAUGUGAAUAAGAUACAAAUAUACAGAUUUUUAUAUUACAAUUGUCUGGGAUACAUAUAAUUAUUUUUUGUAUGAAAUUCAAUGAUAAGCGUCAAAGGUUACCAUAUGUCUGUGUUAUGAGUUAAUAAAA